UCGCGGCUCGAGCGGCAACGAAACAAGGAUUUUCCUACUGACAACAUGGCGUCUGGUGAUGGGGAUGACUCACUUUACCCGAUUGCUGUACUUAUAGAUGAACUGAGAAACGAAGAUGUUCAGGUACUGACAUAUUCCUUGUUAGUUUUUUGUUCGUUUUUUCCCCUUUCUUGUGUUAUUUCUUGAAUGGUUUUAUCCUCUAAUGUGCGUGAGCUUCCAGUCACAGGGCUGAUUUUUGUUGUAAAACUUUAUAGUUGCGGCUGAAUUCCAUCAAGAAACUAUCAACUAUUGCCUUGGCCCUGGGGGUAGAAAGAACAAGAAGUGAACUUAUACCUUUCCUUACAGGUAAAUUAACUUGUGGAGUGAAUAAGCGGUUGAAUUGAAGGAAUUUAGGAUUGAUUUGCGAGCAAGUAUAAGCUUACAUUUCUCCGAUCUUGAAUUUGGGAAUGGUAUUCUUGAUAGCAACCAAAUUCGCAAAAUUAUUUUUAUUUGUUUGCGGUCACGAAGUCGUUUCAUCUUAAAUCUAUUUCACAAGUGUUGCUUUCGCCUAACUACUUAAAAACCCUAUUCUAUUUUUACCGUGAGCAGUUUGAUACUUGAGUGUAAGCUUAUCUUUUUUUCUUAGCUCAAUAUAUUCUGGAAAACUUUUUCUUAGAUUGACAGUGCUCAGUUCGUUUUGUAGUGUUCUUGUCGGCAUGGACUCCAAAAGCUUACUGCACAGACUUUAUUUGGGAGGAGAUUACUGGAAUCAUGUAAUUCAUAUAAUAAUGUAUUUAUUAAGAAAUAAGACUCAAGUACAGUCUAUCUUGUGCACAGCUACAUGUCUUCUAGACUAGUAGACCUAUUAGUGCAGUAAGAUAAGAGCAUACAUUCUAGUUUCUUCGUUUGAUCAUUUCAAGUUUUCUGCAUUGUAAGGGUAGCUUGUUAAUCAGGCAGUUUCCAAAGUGCGUGGUUGUCAAAAUACAGUGAAACACCAACCACCCGCCAGAAGUGACCACCUAUUGAAAAAGCCAAAAUUUUCUCAGUCAAAUCACUGGAGAUGGAACCUUCAACUUGUAAACAACCACAUCUUGUAGGCAACCACAACCACUCUUUUGGAUGACAGUUUUAGAAUUUUCCAUUGUUUUUAUCCUCGUCUAAGCGAUCACUCAAGGCAUGGUUUGAUCCCUAUGUUUGUUGUAUGUACUACAGUGUGAAGAACUUUAGAGACGACAUGAAAUGCAUAUCAUGAAGAAGGAAUUGCAUGCUUUGAACUGACCCUUCCACGGUUUUUUCAACUUUGACUGGGACCAGUUAUUUAAAUAACUGAGAAGAAAGUUCUGCCUUUGUAAUGACAUCUGCACUUGUUAGACGUUCUAGUCUUCUCGGAUAAGGAUGAAAACCGUAGGUCCCGUCUUACAGCACUUUCUCUGGUUUGUUCUUGAGGGAUGUAAAAGAACCCAUAUCACUUUUCGAAAAGAGUAGGGGUUGUAGACCUCAGUGGUGUGGCCAACCUUUACGGAUUGAGGGAUUCGGUAGGGAUGGCACAUCGCAUGGGACCUGAGUCCCGUUUGUGCACAUUCCCUCUGGGCAGGCUUGUGUCCAGAAAAGCUGGUUCAAAAAAAAAAAAGAACGUACGGAUCAAAAGCACUUGUGUGUACAAGCAAACAGGCAAAGUUAAGUUUACGUUUUUAGGUGAUUAAAGAGGACAAAUGCAAGGUUUUUGACCUUGAAGUUUGGAAAAUUGACUCAGUAUUUUUGUAUCAAGUCUAUCUUUUGAACUAUCAAAACUGUUUUUAUAUCUGUAAAGGUAUGUAUUUACAAGUGUACAACAUAAAUUAAAAGGAGACUGAAUGAAUUGUUUUUGCGAGCCUUCCAAAAAUUACCACAAAACAUACAGCAAAAAAUAGGGAUGCGUAGAUAUCGCUGAAUAAAUGAGAAACGAGUGUAGCUUUUGUGUUCGUAGCAAGAUAGAAAACGCUACAAACUUCCAAAAGUAAAAUUAGCAUACCGUAUAUCACAUGUAAUUUGAAACCUCUUGCAUUUCCAUGGAUGGCGACUUUUUAUCAGUUUUUACUUCAUGCAAUAGCAACCAAACUUGUCUAACGCUGGGGAAAACUUCAUGAUUUUAACAUCAAAGGUUUUUCGAAGACUAUUAAAUUUAUUCAAUGCCAUUUUCAACGAGAAACUUCAACUGCACUGCAGCGGAUCAGAAGUCCCCGAAGCGAAUUUCAACUAGUGCUUGUUUGUUUUAUCGGCGGAAAUAUUUUUUUGCCUGUGGCCGGCGACCAAACAUUUUGCGUUUUUGUUUCAAAAGUGCAGAACGAGCAGGGAAUUUUAAUGUUUGUUCACCAGAAAUUAGCCUGAGAAUCAAAGUUUUAGGCACCUGUUUAUCCCCCUGUUUGAAAUUUUGGUGGCCCACAGGUAAAUCAUAGGCAUGGCGACCAGGCACCCGUUAGGCAGCAGCCUUGGGAUUUGUUCAAAACUAACAAAUAUUAGCUUCGUAAAGUCAAGGAAUUGUACAGUUUUACUUUUACUGUAUUAAUCUGCAAAGGCGGUAACCAUCGCGCAGAUGUUGUUUGUAUCGUAGGGGCAGAUUCCCCGGGGGAGUUUGUGCCCCUUACCAUACAAACAUCUUAAAGAUUUUAUUGACUUCAUAGAGCAAUACCGUUGCUCUCUUUGGACGUAUUUCCUUUAAAGUUGGUAAGUUUCCUUAUUUUAGGUAAAAAAAGGAGAAAAAAUUGUGUAAGGGUCUACAUGUAUUCUUUCCCAAAAUGUAGAAUAGUGUUUGGACCUCUAUUACGAAGAGACUCCUUUUGGUUUGCAUCUUGUAAGUGACCACCUCAGGCAAGGGACCACUAAAUUUUUGCAUUUUGGGUGGCGGUUUAUGGGAAGUUGGAGUUUAUUAAUUAACUUGUCCUACGACAUGAAAGUAAAUCCUUCAAACUUUCGAUUUAUAUUUAACCAUUUAAAAACAGUGGCUGAUCCAGUCCCUGAGACCAAGUGACUGACACUUGCCAUUUCACAUUUAUUUUUACAACCACUACAUUAGUUUGUAGUACAUGUGUAGCUACUGGUAAGUCAAAUUUCACAAUAAUUGGUAAUUUUGUUACAUCACUCCUGACUGGAAGGUUUGUGUUUCCAAUUUAGAUACAAUUUAUGACGAAGAUGAAGUUUUAUUGGCCCUUGCAGAGCAGGUAUGUAUUUUGGUUAGUUAGACCCUGCCAUCAUACAUGUAAAACUUGUUUUUGCAUUGUGAGAAGUCAAUUAAAUAUGUGUACAGAGAUCAUAGGCCCCAUUUCAAUCAAACUUGAUGUGCUUUUGAUGGCAACUUUGCAACCGACUGCAUGUACCAACUCAUCAUCACGUUCUUUGGAUAUAAUGACGAUGUGUUCAGGGAUUGCAAAUUUUAUUGAUGAGUGGAGUCACUGUGACUUCCGCUUCACAAAUUUUGGAGUCAUUUUGGAAAAUUUGGAGUCAAGUAUCACAACGAAAAAAGCCAUUUUCAGACUUUACAGCACGUGGUCCUGGCAUGAAUAACUAUCGUGAUGGAGACACGGUGUAGCUGUGGGGGUCCACUGACCUAGAAAGCUCAAAUCCAUGAUCACGGUCAUCGAGUAAACUUUGAUCGUAAUUUACCCUCUUCCUGUUUUGUCGUGCAGUAUCAUUCUUUAAUUUUGAUGAUUUAAUUAAGGUUUGCAACGUUUACAAUUAACGUAAAUUGCAUUUGUUGCGAAAAAGGUAGAGACAAAACUGUGUGUGUUACCGAAAAUUUCUGGAGUUGAAGUGGCUCCCUGUUUGUUACUGAAAAUUUCUGAAGUCGAAGUGACUCCCUCCGUAACCUCUGUGGAGUCAUCUGAUCAAUUUUGGCGUAAAAUACGCCAAAUUUGGCGUAUUUGCGAACCCUGAUGUGUUGUUUUGUUUCUUUUUUGUAGCUUGGUACAUUCACCCCAUUGGUUGGUGGACCUGAAUAUGUGCACUGCUUACUGGUAAGUUCUCCCAAACAGUGACUUUGUAGUCAACUAUUGCCAUGCGAAAACUUCCUUAUCACAGAGGGAAUGACAGAGGGAAGGACACAAUAUAAGAUAAUGUAUUAUAUAUAAUAUAUGCCCGAUAUGUACAGAUCAAUCAGUAAGAAUCUUAAUUACAAAAGCCUGCGAGGUACAACACUUGGAGGGGAAACUGAAACUAUAACAUGAAACAAAAUAUAUAUAAGAGUUCAUAAAAUGUCCCUAUAAGGCACUGCUGGGAAACAUUGUUUGAACGAAAAAGUCUGUCCACCAGAGGCAAGCAUAAAUACAACAUGUAAGGGUCAGAUCACCAGUCUCUUUGGAGUUUGAUGAGUUCAGCUGGAAUUCCGCACUUGAAGAUGAAUGUAGCGCCUCCACAACAUAGACUCACUUGAGAAAUCCUGAGGAUCCAAAGAGACCAAAGAAGCUAAUCACUUGAUACUAGUGUUGAGAGACUUCGCUGUGAUGCAGUCUAACUGGUUGGAAGUGGUUGUGAAGGUGAAGAGAGGGUAUGUUGUGGGAGCACAAACGUAGGGCAGUGGUGAUCCUGGGAUGUUAGGAACUGGAACAACAACGCUACCUCAAGAUAACACAAAGUGUGAAGAAAAGGUGUCCAGAAAAUUUGGGACAAAAUUGGCUGUUCUGAAGAACGUGAAGAAACCAACGAGGAAGGCAGACCACAAAACCAAAUGGGUGGAGUCACGGAGGUUGAGGUGAAAAACUUCAACAAGAUUGAUGGUGAGAGCAGGGUGCAAAGAAAGUCAGUUUUACAGCCUGCCAUUCGGACAAGCUGUAGCUAGCAUGCACCAGCCCACAAGUCAUUUCAACUAGCCCCAAAACCCUUUUUGAUUAGCGGGAUUGAUUACAAUCCUUCUGUAAUUUGAAUUUCCCCAAAAAACCACACUUGCCCGUUGGGCAAGUUAAGAACAAAUAUCUCUAGACCAAUAGCAAAAUCCACUAGCCCUGGGCUAUUAGACACGACUUUCUUUGCAUGCUGGGUGAUAGGGGAGCUUUGCGGGGAGGAACGUGAAUCAUAGACUUUUUUACCCUUUCUGUGUCAAAAUGGCCAAGGACAUGCAAAUGAUGGAGAGUACUUAGAUCUAUUGUUUAUAGUCUGAUAUGAAGUGACGGAACAACUGACCAAAGUGACAAAAGCAGUAAUGGUGGACAGGGAGGCAGGAAAUGGUCAAAGCUCAUAAAAUUGACAGAACUUGAGAUAAGAGUUCCACACUAAACAAGAGUUUUGUGUAGUGGCAUUCGAGAGGGUGAAUGCUUGGGCUUAGUGAAUGUGAUGUUGCAGAUCACUGUGAAGGAAACCUGAAACAAAGUGAACAGGGGGUUACCACUGGCAUUUGAACUGAGACAAAUCAAAGGAACAAAAGUACUCAGACAAAUUAUCGCGAUAAAGGGAUGCGGUGUCAUGAAAGAAGGCAAAAAAAAAUCUGGGUCAGUAUCCCAGUGACAAAGAUUUGGCAAGAGUGUUUUUGCUGGCUAUGGACAAUGCGCAUAGCUCAAAAUUGAAGAGGGAAGAAUAAAACCAAAGCUCACGCAGACAUGACUGAAUGAAAGGGAUGCAAGAAUGACCCAAAAUGAUGGCAAGUUCAGUGUUCUGACUAUAAGUAAUGACCAAUAUCCAUUAACCACAGAGCACCUGGGAGGGUCGAGGGGUAGAUCUAAAAACAGAUGAAAUUCCAGAUCAAGGCACCAUUGUAGAAGCAGAGGCUACUGAGAUAGAAGAAGGUCUUCAGAUGAUGGACACAGAGACCAGAGCGCAGUUGAUGUAAAUGAGCACUUUGAGUCAGUUACUUUUGAAUCAAUUGAAGUUGAUGCAUGUGAUCCUCCAAACUGAAAUACAGUGUAAUAUUAAGCAUGAAGUGUUUGUUGAAGUAAACAUUAACCUCCACACAGAAAGCAAUCAACGUGCUGCACUUAUAGCAAAGUUAGACACAGGAGCACAAGGAACCCUUUUGCUCAUCAUAUUGUACAUUAUGUAUCAUCCUAUGUUUCCUCAAAACUUAGCAGUGGGUGGACUUCCAAAGUGAGAACUCUCUAUACAGACAUUCAGCUUAUGAUGGUGUUAAGCUUAUGCAAUGUGGAACAUGUAGGAUCACAUGUGAAUUCUUAGGCCGGAAACCGUCCUUGUUGUUGAAGCAGAAGGUCCGACCCUCUUAAGUCUACACUGUACCAACAGCACAUCACCUCAACCUCAUUACAUUCAAGGGUUCUGUGCUGAAGAAUUCAGUAAAAGCCCAUGACACCCAUGGAUUAUUUGCAUCUUUUUGAGCCAAGCGUGAAGGAGCUGCACCCAGGCCAGCCACUCCACUCACAUUCCAGGCCAAAAGGAGCCAGAGCCAAGGCAGCCACACCCUUGCUGGUCAAACUUGAGACACACCCUUACAACAGUUAACAUCAAGACAACCCACUGCUCUUAAAGAUACUUGUAAGGUAGAUUUGGUGAACAAAUAACAACCUUUAACCUACCAUUGGUUGUUCCUGAUUCUUUUAAAUGCUGUUUGGCCUUAAGAUGUUGCAGGUCAUCUUUCAAGACACAAUAGACCAGACCUUUUAAGGCUGUGUAGGUGUGAAUGGCCAAUGAUUUUGUUUACGCUUUGAUAGAGGAGAAACAGACAAGUGCAAGAUUAAGCAGAAGAAGAAUAAUUUCUGUGGCAUAAUCUAUUGUGAAGAUGGGUUCAACCUGACCCUGAUAAAGUUUCAGCCCUAAAGAAGAUGGCACCCCCACCAAUGCAACUAAAAACGUUGAUAAAAAAUAGGUAAGUUGUGGAGAAGAGCAGCCUGUUUGAUUCCUUGAUGUUAGUGGAAGAAGUGAGUGUACCUAGAUCUGGGUAGUGGCACUUCACCAGUAUGGAAUAUUUAUGCUCUUUUCUCAGAGGUCAUCUGCAGGAAGCUGUUGGUGGUGUCACAAAGUGUUGGCUGUUUUGUCGGACUAAAGUUUAGUGUGGAGGGUUGUAAUUUUAUCUUUAUCAACUUGCUAAUGCAAACCUAAAAAUAAACCUUAAAUAAAAAUUUUAUUUAGCUUUAUUUAUUUGGAAAGCAUUACACCAAGAAGGUCCUUAAUGUCUUGUUGUAUUUUAUAGUGCAGGGGAUUUGUAUAUCAUUUUAUUUUUUUAUGGGCUUUUAUUUGCUGGCUUUGUUUGAGUAUGUCUGCUUAUUUUUAGUUUUUUCAAAAUUUCAGCCUCCUUUGGAAAGUUUGGCAACAGUUGAAGAAACUGUUGUGAGGGACAAGGUAUGACAAAAGCUAAGUUGAGUUUGUAAAUGGUGUGAUUAAAUGAACUCAUCAGUCCAGGAAGUAAAAAUAAUUUUUCUGAAGAUAUUAAACUUUCGGUUCAUAGGCCAACCUGAAUAUACAAUUGUAGAAGAAAGAUUUUCAUUAGUUCACUCUUUUCUUUGCAGGCAGUUGAGUCUCUCAGAACAAUUGCUGCAGAGCAUUCAAGCCAAGAUUUGGAAAAUCACUUUGUUCCUCUGGUUAAGAGACUAUCACAAGGUUUGCUAGGAUCUUGUGUUUCACAAAUAAGAAAUUAUCAGGCAUUUAUGUCAAACCAAGGCAAAUAAUAAUAUAUUAUAAAGCUAAAAAAAUAUUACUUGCUCAGUAAGUGUUAGAAUGAAUUUGUUAUUAUUUGCAGGAGAUUGGUUCACUUCAAGAACAUCAGCUUGCGGUCUUUUCUCUGUCGUGUAUCCUCGGGUUAAUGCAAAUCUUAAGGCAGAACUAAGGCUGUAAGUGCACUUGAUCUUCUUUACAGUACCAGGUUGUGCUUUAUUAUUGCUCAAAGUUUUGCAUGAAGGCUGAAAUUAGUGUUCUGUGAGGUUUUAGAACUUCUCUAAAGUAAAAAAAUGAUCAGGCAUAUAAAUUUGCUUGUUUGAAAUGUACUCUUAACCUGAACUCAAAUUCCGAAAAUGAAGCAUUUUUGUUAAAUGGAAGCUGAGAAAAUGUCGGCCAAGGUUGGUAUUUGAGAGCGCCAUUUUUGAAAUAAUUAACCCAUUCGCCGCAGAGAUUUUGCCGAAAAACGUGUUUUGAAGCUAGUCGAGUAGUUUCGACCGGCAGAGGCGGUUACAGGCAGCUCAGGGGCGAAUGGGUUAACAAUCAGAGUUUUCUGUUGUUGAGAGAAAUGUUGCAAUUUUCACAACCCGACACGUGAUAACGCAUUAUGAGUUUCAAGUAAGCUAGGACGAAUUAUAGCAAACUUUGCUUACAUUCUGUUUCCCCAAUAAGGUACAAUUGUUUUGAUAUUUCUAAAUCAUUUCCAUGGCUGUAAAAAGCCUUCUAGAGACAGAUUAGAUAUAUGAUCCUUGCAAGGUCGAUGACAGAUAAGGCUGCAGUUAAAUGACCUAUUAUGCAAAUAAGCACAUUGCUAAGGCGAAGAUAUUGUUUACGAAGCCAUAUUGAGAGCACUUCACAAAACGAGUGCAAAUGAAGGUGUGUGCAAAUGUAAACAGACCUUUGACUACCUGAUCAAACAAUUCUGUCUCAGAAGGUUUCCUCCCUUUUCCUAUGUUCUCCUGGGAGGAAACAUAUUAGUUAUAAUGAGUAUCUUCUUGCUUUUAUCUCAUAACAGUAAUUUUCAAAAGUUGUGUGAAGAUGACACACCUAUGGUGCGAAGAGCAGCUUCUGGAAAACUUGGAGUAAGUAUCUCAGUGAUGCAGAAGGAAAAAGCGAUUCAUCUUUCACUUAUGACAACCUACAUGUACUCUCAUUCAUGUAUGAUCUUUUACCACUGAUAUUAGAAGUUGUUUAGCAGUUUUAAAACCAUUUUUGAGCAAGGAUAUAAAGUUCAAACAAUGUUCAUAUAUCUCCAUUCAAAUCAUUGCAAUGGAAUAGACUGUGACACAAGUAUGCUGUCUAUUUCAGGCUAGGCUGAUUUUGAUACAAUAAUAAAAUUAUUACUUUUAUGCUUGGUAUCAAGUCUUUAGGCAAUAACACAGUAAUAUUGAGACUGACAGGGCUUGACUUGUGUGCAACAUUGAGUUUGACAUGGGGUUGCCAGAUACACAUUCUACGUAUUUCUAGUACAGGAUGCAAAGAAGUCAGUUUUUCACUACUUUACAAGCUGCCCCAACCCCUCCAAAAAAAAAUAAUAAAGAAAAAUAAAAAUAAUGAGCAGGAUUUAUUACAGUUCUUCUGUAAUUUGAAUUCCCCAAGUUGUCUGUUAGGCAAAAGCAAAUUCCACGGGCCCUGAGUUAUUAGACACCACUUUCUUUGCGUGCUGUAGUAUAAAAAUUGUUGAAAUAGGCCUAUUAAUGAUAGGAAAGGAAGAUUAGAUUUGCCCUAGCGUACAUUGUUUCUCCUUGAGAUUGUUGUUUAAUGUAGAACCAUAACAAAAAAAGUGAAGAGAAGUUUUCUUUCCGUCACCUUCCCCCUUCACUUUUUUUGCUCUCCCUCCUAUUUUCACAACAAACUUAUUAUCUACGUUGCUUGCCCUUAGCUUUUCAUGCUUGUUAGUUUAAGGUCUGUUACUAACACCCUAACACUUUUAUGUGUGCUCAAUCAACUUUAAGAAUAUUAUUAUUAUUUGUGUGGAUUCUGAUGUUGACUUCCAUGUUGAUUACAGUGUAGAUAGGAAUUUGUGUAUGCAGCAAACAUGCCUUUGUUUUAUGUUUCAUUAAUUGCUAUCUUAGGAAUUUGCAAAAUGCAUGGAGCUAGAGUUUGUCAAAUCAGACCUUGUUAAGCUGUUCAACAACCUUGCUAGUGAUGAACAGGACUCAGUGCGACUGCUUGCUGUAGAAGGCUGUUCAAGUAUUGCAUCAAUUCUGCCAGAUGAGGAUAAGCUAACUCUUCUCAUGCCUACUGUUAGGGCUGCAGCACAGGUACAUAAACCACACCAUUCAACUGUUGUUUUGUGAUGAAGUGGCAUAGAAAUGAAAGCACUAUGUCUCCAUCAUGUUCUAUGUUCCAUUCAUGUACUCAUCUUUUCAUUUCACCAAUGCUUUGCCAUUGUGCAAGGAAUCUGAUUUUAUAAAUACAUGUACUCCAUCUUGUUUUUGUGAAAAUGUAACUUGGCCUGCACAGGUACAUUCUGUAUGUCAUUUGCCCAGGUAGUGAGUGUUUCCAUUAAGUUUCAUCCCUGUUCUUCUAGGACAAGUCUUGGAGGGUGCGAUACAUGGUAGCUGACAAAUUCACAGAGGUAACUUUACGCAAUCUGUUUCCAUUUUUGAGUGCAUUUCAGUUAUGUUAUGGUGGUUUUGUUAUUUUCAUUAAGUGUUACCUAACCAGUAAUCUAAUUGGAAGAGGAAGUUAGGUAAAAGUUUUUCAGAUUAGGCAGGUAUUUUUUCCUAAGUGGUUUAAUAGUGUAAAAACUGUUCACUGGAUGCAAUUUUUAGUUCCAGCACUUGAUUUUCGUUCCAGUUUGCAUCUCCCCUCUACUCAAAAUUAAAUGUGGGUUUUUACACCUUGUAAAUUGGUAUACUACAUGUAUAUUAGAAAGGAGGGUAGUUCCUUUUACCAAGCAAACUAGAUAACAAAAUAUCAGAGAUGAAAAAAGCCCAUUGUCAUGCUUGUAGUAAAAGGAGGGCAUUGAUUGUUUGGAGGCAAGGGAUAGGAUUGGGAAUAAAGUAAUAAUGAUAGUCAUCCUCCUGUUAAAAACCAUUACACCAUUCUUGCAGUUGUAUACUUAUGUUAUUUGUCAUGAUUAGUUGCAAAAUGCUGUAGGAUCAGAGAUCACAAAGAAUGAUUUAGUGCCAGCAUUUCAAGGUUUACUUAAGGAUUGUGAGGCUGAAGUAAGAGCUGCUGCAGCUGGGAAAGUUAAAGGUAAUGCAUUCAUGGUGGUCUAUAAUAAUAUUAGUAUACAUGUAGGAGCUCUAUAAAUAAUACAAGGAGUUGAAAAUGCAUGUCACUAUUACAACAACUGUAUAGUUAUUAGAGUGUAUUGCUUGUGACACUGAGAGAAAGAUAGGGUGAAUUAGUUGGUUAAGUGGUGUUGCGUUAGAGAUUGUCAUUUAAAAAUAUGCAUUGCGUCAAUUAGAUUAAGUGUUAAGUUGCAAUUCAGUUAUUGUUUUUUGAUAAUGUCGAGAAGCACUGCCUUGAUCAUCUUCAAGCUAUCUUAUUUUUUUUAGAUUUUGCCGAUAAAGUUCCUGAGGAUGUUCGUGAGCAGGUGUUGAUGACUAAUUUACUUCCAUGUGUCAAGGUAUGUUGUUACACCAUUAACACUCAGAAGGCUCUAUUACCAGAUAUUGAAUUUGCACUAUGGUCAAAAAAAUUUAUCAUGGUUCUAAUCUAAGCAGAAAAAACUGUUAAAAUGAAAAACAACACGUAUUUACUGCAGAAAUUAGUGAUACAUGUACACAUAUCUUUUUGCUUAACACAGCAGUUGUAAUGAUGAUUAAGGCAGCAACUUGGGGAAAAAUAAUUCACUGCCAUUUGUCUUUUAUCCAUUGUUUAUUGUAGGACUUGGUAAUGGAUCCUAAUCAGCAUGUCAAAUCAGCUUUAGCUUCUGUGAUAAUGGGACUCUCACCAAUGUUAGGAAACGAUAAGUAAGUCUAAAGCAAUGCAUUAUUAAUUUAAAAAAGGUUCAAAAGGUAAUUUUAUAAUUAUCAUUACUUUGAAACUUCUGGACGUUGUCACCUCUUUCGUCAACCUUAUCGCAGCAAAAAGAUUUCUUUGGGAAAUUUUAAAGUUUCUUUGAACCUACCAGACAGAAUGUUUUUAAACUUUGUGAGUAGUUGAAAUAAUCUUUAGCAGUUGAUUGCAAUUUGUGAUAAAAAUGCGGGACAUCUAACUCAGUUUUGAAUUAAAAGAACUAAAUGCUAGAAUUAAACUGUGUUUUAACAGGUACUGAGGAAAGUUCUCGAGUUUGGCAACUAUUUGAUACCAAGUUCCAUUAUUGUAGCAGAAGAAAUUAAUGCAUCACAGUAUUGAUCUGUUAAUUGCAAAGUGCUGAAAAAUGCUACCAGCCAUUGAGAGCCACUUUAAUUCUGAUAGUCAAACUUACUUGUAUUUUCAAUACCUUUAACUGAUGCUUGGUUAAUGUUUUUUAUUUUGUUACUUCGUUUUUAGCACUAUUGAACAUCUUCUUCCCCUUUUCCUUACAAUGUUGAAAGACGAGGUAAAGUAUGAUGUUUUUGUAGUGUACUAUAAUUGCUAGAAAGAUUUUUACAAUUCUCAAAGUUGACAGGUUUUACAAGUAAUGCUAUUUCUUUUGAGGAAGUUAUGUGAGGGCCGGCCGGUGCUUUGCUUUUCUUGCAGAUUCCUGAAGUAAGACUCAAUAUAAUAUCCAACUUGGACUGUGUCAAUCAAGGUACUACAGUGCUGCUUAAAAACAUAACCGGCAGUGGUAAUAUGAAACCUGUUGUUAGUGGUCUCUGACAUUACCUUUAUUUCAUCUCGAAUAUUAGAGUACCUAUAAUAGCUAAUUUUUGAGAAAAAAAAAAGUUUGGAUCGUUGAGGAAUGUUGGAAGGCCAAUUGAGUGCUUAACGGUGAAGACAGUGUUGGCUGUUGUUGCCAAGUGACCAUUAAGUACCAGUUAGUUUAAUACAGGCUUGACGAUAAAUUAUGAGUUUUAGGACAGCUACUUAGGCUACAUGGUGAAAAUGUCAUGAGCGUCGUGAUAUUUUGAGAGUGAUAGGCAUUGCCAGUUUUCAGACGGCUUUCGAUGCACAGUAUUGAUUUGGUUGUUUCUCCCAGGAACAAGUUGUUAUGAAUUUUGAGGUGAAAUCGGUGGGACUCCAAAUUAUUCCUGUUCACUAUCCCCCCACCCCGUCCCCCCCAAAAAAAGACACUCGCUGUGUGACUCCCAGUCAAGUUUCUCCUCUUUUAGUUAUUGUUUCUCCAGUGUUUGUUGAAAGUGUUUAGCUGUUUUGUCUUUUAGCUCAUGAAUCAGUUGUUAGUGGUAUGUUGUUGAGUUACAUGUAGUGCUUAAACCAUUCUUACAAUAAAUUACUUGUCAAUGAUAAUUAUUUGAUUCCUUUUUAGUUAUUGGCGUUAACCAGCUGUCACAGUCUUUACUACCUGCCAUCUUUGAGCUUGCAGGAGACACCAAAUGGCGUGUACGACUGGCAAUUAUAGAGUACAUGCCAUUACUAGCCAGUCAGUUGGUAAGUACCACAACAAUUACUAUCUGGACUGGUGACCAACAAACAUCAAAGUUGUAAUUCCUUCUCUGCCAGAGUCAAUAAGCUUAUUAAGAUGGCAGAUGUAGUUCUACCUUUUGAGUAUAUUAAGGUCUGAAAAUGUGAUCAUGUAAAAUGUUGUCAAUACUUUUAGUCGACUGACAGAAGAAACGACUCAGUAGCUGUACUAGUCCCUUUCCUCACUAAUGUUAUCAUAUGUAGCUGACUCAUAACAUUACUGUCUCAUGCAUUCUAUCAGGGUGUAGAAUUCUUUGAUGAGAAGCUUAACAGCCUGUGUAUGACUUGGCUUGUAGAUCACGGUGAGUCAGGUUAUUAAUUUUUACCUCAACCCUUUCCUUUCCUUUUCUUGAUAUUUUUUUAAUAGAUACCAGCAGACACUAAACCUUUUGCUAAGCAUCAUGUGUCAUUUUUAAGAUUUGCUAAUGAAUCUGUUCUGUCUUUGUAGUGUAUGCUAUCCGAGAAGCAGCAGCAAAAAACCUUAAAAAGUUAGUAGAAAAGUUUGGAACCGAGUGGGCUCAGGUGAGGAAAUAAUGGUCAAUUUGAUCUUGACUUGAUUCGUGUUUUUCUUUGUCCCCCAAAACUGGGAGAUGGUACAAAUACACCGGUACUCAACUGAUUACGGCCGACCGUCUUUUGUUUAAGGAGAAGGGGUUAGUUUCUAAAGAAACUCUGAAGUUGUGUCGGUGGGGAGGGAGGGAAAUGAAGCGCAGCUAGCCGUCUUUCAUCUUAACGAAUCCAAAGGGUAACAAAGGGCAGGAGAGGGCUGUUGGGCUGUUGGGCUGUGGUUUUCUGUUGCUGUGACGAGAGUAGACGUCUUCCUUCCUGGAGGUGUCGCCAUGUUUGUUGCUGGUUCUUGCUUUUGCUGCGAAAUGUUUUUCUCCACCCAACACUCCUGUUUCCCUUCAGUAAUUCUAAAAAUUGAAUUUCAGCUGAAGAAGAGCCACUUUGUAGUUAUUUUUAUAUCAAUCAGAUGAGGAGAGUGACCUCUACCUUUUGAUCCUCUUAACAUAUAAUAACCGUUAUUUUUUUUUCUUUUUUAGAGCAAAAUUAUUUCAAAAGUGUUGUCCAUGGCUACAAAUCCAAACUAUCUCCACAGGCUUACCACUCUAUACUCAAUAAACGUAAGUCGUCCCAGCUCCUUCUACUUUUGAACACCGUGUUCUGAAUGUAGUUAGUUUCGUUUGCUAUCGUGGUUUUAUAGUGUGACCUAAACCACCCAAACAUGCUACCGUGGUAGAGUCAGGUGUUUUUGUUCAUUAGUCAUUUCACCCUGAAAACCUGAUCACCUAAAAUCUGUGUUUCCUUUAAUAUCCACUUCGGUUGGCAUUGCCUCGAAAAUUUGAUGUUUUUGGAUAAAGCUAGCUUACUUUAUAAGAAGUGAAUAGCACAACAUUUCAGUAAAUGGUUAUAUAUAUACUUUGUUUUGUCAUUUUUUCUUGUAUAGUUUUUUCUUACGUGUUGUUCAAAAAAUUAUGGCAGGUGCACCAUGGUUAACCGCUGUUGUAACACUACGCAGCAUGUUACUAAUAUUACACAAAAUGAUUUUGAAUCGAAUCUCCCAAUAAAACCUAGCGAUGCAGGGUGCAAAGAAAAUCAUUUUUACAGCUUGCCAUUCUGGCAAGCUAAAGCGAGCAUUUACUAGCCCAGAAGUUAUUUCAACGAGCCCCAAAUCCUUUUUGACUAGCAGAAUUGAAUUCACAGUUCUUCUGUUAAUCGAAUUCCUCAAAAACAUCAAUUGCCCGUCGGGCAAGUUAAAAACAGAAUUCACUAGCCCGAUAGCAAAAUCCACUAGCCCUGAGCUAUUGGACACUACUUUCUUUGCACGCUGCAAUGUUUUUUUAGUAGAAGCCAAGAUCAGAGUGUUCUAUUUUUUUUUUUACAUAUUGCAGGUAUUAGCAGAAGUCAUGGAUCCUAAGAGUGUAGUAGACGUCAUGUUGCCGGUUGUUAUCAGUUUAGCUGGUGAUUCUGUGGCAAAUGUUCGCUUUAAUGUCGCCAAAACACUACAAAAAAUCGCCCCGGUUCUGGAUGAAAAGUAAGAACUCUCCCUUUUCUUUCACUAGAAACACGCUGUUAGAAUGUAAAAUACGCUCAUUUUUUUCCACAGUACCAUCAAAACCCAGAUAAAACCAGUGCUUGAUAAACUAAAUGGCGAUAAUGAUGUGGAUGUGAAAUAUUUUGCACAGGAAGCCUUAACAGGUAUGGAUAUGAUGUGACAAUGUUAGUGUCCCAUGUGUCUAAAAUUUACGUCAGAUUGUUGAUGUUUUGAUGCCACGUGGAUUUAACUUCCUCAUAAUUAUCUUGCUUAGGUACGGAAGGUAAAAAGACAAACGACUUAAUACUGAACAAGCCUGAGUUACUAACAGGCGAUUGCCUUGUGUGUUGGCCUUGAAAGUAGUGCAUUGCGGCCAUAUGGCGGCCGCCUUCACUUAACAAUUUAUCUCACUUGAUAUUUUGUUUCCAUUAGUUUUCUAGCUUGUUUGGUAAUCGCUGUGGAUCAAGUUCUUUCGUACUAA